AUGGAAGAUGCUCUGGGCCGCAUCCAGCCCGCCAAAGCUGGGAUCAGAUCCCAUAGACCGCUGGCCAAGGAGUCCAAAGAUGCAUAUUUUCGCAAUUUGUACACAAGGGCGCCCGAUUUCAAGGCCAUCGCUCUCCUAGAUCCAGACUUUGCUGCCGUCAUCAAGGGACGCGACCUAAACUUUAACGACCCCAAAGCCGUGAUGCAGCUGACCAAGACCUUGCUCAAGGUAGACUUCGAUCUCAGUAUUGAGCUACCAGAAGAUCGAUUAUGUCCUCCAGUCGCGAAUAGACACAAUUACAUACUGUGGUUGAAGGAUUUAUUAGACACGACAUCAUAUGAUGAGCCUGGCAGGAAAGCCGUAGGUCUGGAUAUCGGCACUGGGGCAAGCUGCAUAUACCCGUUGCUUGGAUGUGCCCAGCGCGCGUGGUCAUUUAUUGCAACUGACAUCGAUGAGAAGAGCUUGGAGUGGGCAAAGAAGAAUGUCACGCUCAACGACUUUGACAGCCGGAUUCAGGUUAUUGGCCGCCAACCCGACGAUGCCCUCAUUCCGCUGGACCAUCUCAAGAAGGGUUCCAUCGACUUCACCAUGACGAACCCACCCUUUUACGAAUCCGAGGAAGCAAUGGUAAAGAGCGCACAGGAGAAGUCUCGGCCUCCAUUUACAGCUUGCACCGGCGCGAAAGUAGAGAUGGUGACGCAAGGCGGCGAGGUCGGCUUCAUUAACCGUAUCUUUGAGGAAUCUCUCGUUUUGCGCGACCGGGUCCAGUGGUACACCGCCAUGGUGGGCUUCCUAUCAAGUCUCACGCACAUCGUGGACAAGCUACGGGAGCACAAGAUAGACAACUACGCCAUCACCGAGUUUCAACAGGGCAACAAAACGAGACGUUGGGCGAUUGCGUGGAGCUUCCGGCCUUUGCGACCUGCGCAGAGCGUUGCGAGAGGAACCAAAGCGGCCUUAUCGAGGGGUAUCUUGCCAGCCAUUACGGAGGUGGUUGCCUACAAGAUGCCGUUAAAAGGGAGCGUGGGCGGCUUUGCUGAGAAUUUGAGCGGUGCCAUUGAAGCACUAGAUCUCAUAUCCUGGAACUGGGAUAGGGAGAAACUCGAAGGGAUUGGAAGGGCUGUUGAUAAGGUAUGGGGACGGCCAUGGCGACGGCGGAAGAAGCGAGAGAUGGAGAUGGAGGCGAAUGGGGAAGAGAAAGCAGUAAAGCCGACGGUUGAGGAGCAGAUUUGCGCGUUUGGCUUCAGAGUCGCCGUGAAAGUUGGGAGAGUGGAUAUCUCUGUUGAAGCGCGGUGGUUGGAAGGGCAUGAUGAAACGGCCUUGGAGAGCUUUCGAGGGUUCUUGAAGUCGGCGUCGGAAAAGGCCGUGGAGGAUGCGAAGAAGGGGGCUUAG